CUAGCAGAGAAAACGGCGCGAAGAAUUUUUCGUCUUCCGUACUGUCCGUCACAAGGUCUUGCGAUAGAAUAUUACGCCAUACAUGUGUGAGUGUAUAUAAAUAUUUGAAGUAUUUUUAUAACUGCACAAUAGUAAUUAACCACCUUUCGCGUUUACAAAUGUGCUGUGUGUUGUGAAUGUUGCAGCUUUAUGAUGAUAUCGUAAGGUAACCUCAAAAGCAAACAAGGACAACAACCGAUAUUUAAUUCAUUGAAAUUGGAUAAGAAACAUUCAGCAAAAUGAGCAUUGCGCCGAUGGGAAACUUGCCGUACUGCAAAGGCUUGUGGUCUGUAAUAUCAGGGACUACUUGCCGGUGUGACAAGGCUCUGGUCAAAGAUGAGAUACAGAGCGCAACUGAGUUGCUCAAAAAUGGUCUUGAAUUUUUCAAACCUUAUACUGAAGCUUCACUGAAAAAAGUUCAAGGCACAAAUUCUCCCCCGAGAAUGUUCGCGAUUAUUUGUAAAUUGUCGCCAAUGCUGAAUUUAGAUGCAACAAUCGCUUGGGAUCUUGUGUGUAACUUCAUGUUGUACGAGUACCGAAACUGUGCAGAGACCUUUGCGUCACAAUUGGCUGAUGCAACAUCAACAAAAGCAUUAAUUGAGGAGAUCUGGGAUUUUUAUUAUUCGGAGCGAGUGACGCUGAUAAAAUGUCUCAAGCUGAUGGUAGAAUAUAAGGACAACAAGAGACAUCCGCAUAGGAACGAGUUUAUGGAAUUUUUUGAUGAAGUCUUGCUAGGGAAUUUAUUGAAAUCAGUUCAGAAGCAGAUCGAAGCCUUAAAAUUCAUAAACACACCUGUUAGAUCCCAGCUAUUCAACGAAGAACAACUUCACAAACUGUACAAUAACUGCCUAAUUGAAAUGCGAGAACUCCUGCACAUUUUUACAAUCAUUUUAAAUGACGUGCACGUUGCAGAUACCGAAUUUGUCAAAAUUUACGGAAGCAUAAGCGGAGAACCCAGGCGCUUGAUAAGUUCAAAAAGCCACGAAGACAAAGCAGCAAUAUCAAAAAAACUGGGUCAAAUACAAUUCAGUCAAACUGCGUUGCUUCUCGUUGGACUGGAUGUAAUGAAACACAGCGGAAUGGAGGACUGGAUUCGAGGCGUGCGAAGUAACAUGCAAGACACUUUUGAGCACAAGUGCGUCCGCGAUAGUACACCGCAAGAUGGACCUCUGCUCUUGGCUUGGAUGCUCACAAACUAUGCUAUCGAGUCAGAUAAUCUAGAUACGUUGAACAAUUUUCGGCCUUUCGGUAUCAGGGCUAUACAGCUGAACGUGUUCUACUAUCUUCAAGAUUUACUGGACAGUGAAAUGAUUCGAGAAGAUACUCAAUACUCCGUGAUAGUCCGGAGUAGCGUUUAUAAUUUGCUCACUCUUCUCUGCUCGUUCAUCGAGGAGGACAGGAUCAGUCAGCUACCAGGGGUCUUCAACGCAACAGCAUCCGUGCUGAGGUAUCCAGAAACUGCUGCAAGAUUCUGGAACGAACGGGACGACGCUUUGUGGAUCUUGUACAAACUUGCCAUUGAUUGUUUUCCACACAAAUUUGAACCUCUCACAGCCAUCGCGACUGGCUUGGCUGAGGCUGGAACUAAGAGUGCAGAAAAGCUGAUGUCACAACUGGAUAACAUUGAUUCAAUAACAUUGGAAAUUCCUCGAUUUCAAGAUACGAAUAUGGAGUUUCGUCCCUAUGAGCGAGAGUGCAUUAUUCACCAUAACUCGUUCCGAAUUCCGAGUCAAUCUAGGAAUAGCACAUUAGAAAUGGAGAACGAAAAGAAGAUCGUCAUUUGGUUUACAAAAGCGAGUUACUGGGACGCUUUUCACUACAAGAUAGAGCAGCUGUUCUCCGAAGCUGGCGGAGGGAUUGUGAACGUCAGUGACAGGAAGACGAUUCUGCCGGAUCAAGUGUUGCAGGGUUUCAAGCUGUUGGAAGCUCUGCUCACUGCGAAUGUCGAGCUGGUACAAAGUAUGGUGAUACCGACGGAGCUAAGCUUCGAAGUAAUAAACAGAUUCUCUUACGCGACCCUGCCAAUGAACAUAUACAAAAUAGUGGCGGAAUGUAUAAAUGUAUCCUCGAAACUAAUCCUAAAAUAUCCAGAAGACAUUCUCUCGCGCAUGCGAACUGGCGUCUACCCCUGGUUCAAUAAUUGGUAUCAAAAGGCACCUGAAUUUGCUCAGGCAAUUUCGUUUGACGGAGGGCUUGUCGCUUCCUGGUUAUCAGGAAUCGAGACAAUUGAGCACAAGUACCCGAUACUCGCGGCUUAUCUCGAUAUCCUGUCCAAUUACCUAGUCAUUAAGCACAACAAGGAGGCGAUGUAUGCUGUGGAAAUUCCGGGAGUAGUUUUUCUACUUCAGGGCGUCCUCCCCAAAUUGGAUUCCUGGUACUUCGCUCUUGACUCGGAGAGGAUCGACCUGUGGCUAAAGAGCAUGUUCUGCUUGCACUACGCGCUAGAUUCCAAUCUCCCUAAAUCCGACAUCCGUAACGAGCUUCAGCUCGUCGUUGCCUACAGCCUAUUGUACCUCGAGCCGCGUCACGCUCUCCUGAAGCUGGUCAGAACGGGAGAACGGAUUUUACAAAGCAGGAUGGCGACUGAGACAGACUGGAUAAGCGGACGAGGGUACAAGAUAAUAAAGAGCGUGCAGCUCGCGCUGUCGGUCGUAAAUAGACUCCUAAUGUUCAGAAAGAACCUUGGCCUGGGUCUAGAGGAAAGAUCGCCUCUCGAAGUUGCUUUAUAUACAUCACCCUGUUUGCCAAACGGGCUUUUAAUCGUGCCGACGAUCGUCAACUACCUUUACGUGUGGUUCAGUCCUUCUCUUCAAGCGAUGGCUGUGAGGUUGUUGAAAAAAUUUGCUGAAGGUUUCUCGAUGUCAUUGUUGGUCUGCAUGGGAAUGGAUGGUACGACGAUUCGCGAAACAUUCGCAUCACGACUCAUGUCACCGACCUGCGCUGCGGAAGUCAAGGUGGCUAUUUUGGAACUGGUCGCCAUCUGCCUGGAGAGACAACCAGGAUUGACCGAGGCACUUUUUAAUAUAAUGCACCGCGCCGAAAGGAACAGAAUUUUCCCUCGACCGGCUGAUGAGUUUUUAACACAAGGAUGCAGCCAAUUUUUGGACUUGUAUUUGAAGAGGAUUCACGAGGAGGAAGACAUCAUUUAUGACAGACUGUAUUACAGCACCAUGGUUCUUCUGCACGCUAUGUGGUACCAUCGCAACGAAAUUUUGGUAAACUAUUUUCGCAAACGUGCCAAUUUUUGGACCCAUCUCUUUGCCCCGUUGUUCAGAGAACUGGUUCCCGAUACCAAAGGAUAUUCCCAGCUGGUGGAUAUAGUCACGUUGGAACUGUUCAAAAGCCCGCUUCUGGAAAACGACUUUUCCUUGAAUUUGAAAAAACUUCUUGACAAGGAUCAAAAGUAUUUAGAAAAUCUCGCUAGGUAUGUUCUUAACGGUAUACCAGAGCGAGAUCCUAAGGAACACCUCGACACUUCCAUCGACAUGAUCAAAAUCAAGACUCCCCUCUACGAGGCAAACUUGGAGUCGUGGUACCACUUUGUCGUCAGACUGACCGACGAAAAGAUCAGCAAAACUUAUCCCAUUACUACUUCUCAGGCUCAGAUAAUAACCAGACUUGCAUUGGACGGUCUCUUGGCCCAUGUGAAAGAGCCGUACAGUUCGAAGAUGUUGAUCCUGCUCUCGUCUCUGUGUCUGAGGUGUGUGUCUGCUUGGAAACAGACGUGUGUCGGGGACUCGCAAAUCUUCAAGCUGAAACUGAUCGAGCUUAUUCAAGAUACGGUUCAGUCGUAUCAAGCCUAUAAUAAAACAUUGAGGCACACACUACUCUCAUUGAUAGUGGGCUGUAUCAGAGUAAUAAAAAGCACUCUGGCUAGUGAUACGUCGACGCUGGAAUACCUCUUGGGUAACGCGAGCGUCUUAGCCACCUUGGAGAUCGAAGAGCUCGCAGAAGCUGCUAGAGACCAGUCAAGAAUCCACAAAGAAAUGGCAGAAAAGGACUUGGACGACGGAGCUCAGGCAUUGAAGGGAGUGCGCGAGUGCAUUCCGGCAACUUUGACUGUCUGCAUGGUGACUCAGCUGCUUCAGCUCUAUGUCGAGCAUGUUAAAAAUCAGCAAGUCAAUUGUAUCCAGCUACAGAGAAUGAUUCAGGAGCUGACAGCUUGCAUUGGACUGACCUUGCAGAGACGGCCGUACUUCAGAUUUGGAAGAGCAGCACUCGCUGCUCUCGGAGUUGUGUCUAGAUCGCUGUACAGCAUUUACCUGGUUGACGACAGCCUCAUUGCUAAUCUUUGGCUUAGUUUACUACCGCCGAAUGACCUAAAGAACAGUAUUUUGGACUGUCUGUACGACGACUGUACGGGCAGCCAUUGGCGUUGCCAGGACUGGUGGCCGCUUUAUACUCUUGGACUGGAGCUGUUGACCGGUCUUGUAACGCGUGAGAAUUGUACGAUAUACGCUCCCAUGAUCGUCAUGUUUUUGGGAUCUCACGAGCACCAGCUUGUCGAAGUUUCCAUGCUGCUGAGGCACACCGCAGACCCGCUCGCCGCAGAUGUUGUUCAAUCUCUGGUGGCGCUAACGUCAAGCAUGGCCGUCCAGCCGAUCAUCUGGAAGGCGAUACCACCGAAUAUCCGCGAAUCUCUUUUCAAAUGUAUGUACCUAGCUUACGACAGUACUGUUAAUCUUCUUCUGCGUCCCCGAAUAUUAAAGUUCAUCAUAGAUGGUAUAAGCGUGGAGAGUGCGGAGGAACUUCAGUCUUGCGACGAGAAGUUACCCAGCGGAGAGUUGACGUUGCUGGUUAACAGGCUUAUAAUAAUAAAUGCGACGUGCGCCGGAAGCUUUAUUCGUUUGUCACCAAAGAUCAACACUCUCAUCGACAUGGUUUACUUGCAAGAUUUUUGGUACACGCCAAUGGCGGAGACGAACUUUGGCCCGCCACAAAUGAGCAUGAGCUCAGGACCCCAGCUUACUUAUGGCACGAUAAUAAGCUCGACACAGCUCUUCACUCAGGCCUUGUACUCCCGGCAGUCGGUAACGUCGCCCCGAAAAUCUCUGAGUCGCGAGGAUAGCGUAGACUCGGCGAAAAGGGAGUGGGAAAGAGCGACGCCCGAAAACCUACGGAGAAUCCAAAUGCGGGACUUGAAAAAAAUCCUGAAUCCCAGUUUGGGCUCCAACACCUCCGAGUUCAGCAACUACAUAACUGGACUGGACGUAACCGUACCGCUUCUCAGCAGUCCGAGGCUGAUUCGAAGGCCUUACGAUCCUCUGAUAUGCGAGAAUACGAUUUUGUCUCGAGCCACAGCUCUUGUACCUAGUAAACACAUCGCAAGAGGCGGAAGUCCGGUCAAUUCUCAUAACACGAGAUCCAUAAAUCCGUGGUACGCUUGCAUGGAGGCGAACAAUACGAGGCUCGCUUUGGAAGUCAAUUUAACUCUUUUGAUAUGCCAAGCUCUCGAGGGGAUCAAAAGCCCUAGACUUUUACCGAGGGACCAGCAACUCAUAGCCAGAGAGACGACUACCGAGAUGGGGGUGUUCUUCGACUUUCUAAGGCACAGAGGCACGUCGGACAGUUGGAAAGUGUGCGCGUCUUUGGUCGACGUGGAAAGAACUAUACCGAUUUCUUGUCCCAAGGAAGAUUUUCCUCUACCGGCAAGAUUGGUGGAUGGAAGCACCAUAUGCAAAGUACCGAAGACGGUUGCAUCGAUCCACAGUGAUGAGAGUAAUGGAGACGAUGCGACGUCAGAAGAAGAAGACACAUUAUCAGAUAAGGAUGUAGUGACGACUGGCUGUUUUCAACGGGAUACAAGUACCUCUCAGUUCUUGCCUCUUCUCGGUAAACUUUUAAAGUCGAUCGUCGAGUCACAGGAUUCUGCGCAGUACGGAUAACGACGUUGAACCGCUGUUAUUUUGUAUUAUAAUGUUACAUACAGCGACAUCAGCCAUUCUCUUUUACCAUUUUGUAAUUAUUUGAGACUAGGUUAACUGUAAGUAAUAGUUGUAAAGGCAUUGAUUCCAUACAAAUUUUGAAAUAGUAGUAAACCAAUUUGCGCUCAUUCAUUGACUAUCAUUGUUCAACUUCAUUUCAUCUAUGCUAUCUGAGAACUGGGAGUUAGAAACAUCAAUUCAAAUCAGUGUAAUAAAACAAAGUUAUUGAAAUUUGCUGAAAGUAUAUUUGUAUUAAAUAAUUUGGAACCAUCAUUUAUAUUCUAUUCAUGUAUUUACAUCUGUAAGUACACUUUUUAUAGAUCAUAUAUUUUUAACAGGUAUUAUUCACAAUUUCAAAUAGAUUCCGUAUCCACGUACAACUCAUUAUUUGUCUUUGCCCCAUAUAAUACAUACAGACGUAUAGCACAGACGCGCAUAGAAUUGUGCACUUCUCGAUUAGGAAAUAGAAAACUUUUCUUUUAUGCAUUCAUUAAAUUUAAAAUAAAAUACAUAACGGUACGUAUUUUAUAAGGUUGAACAAAAAAGAGAAAAAAAAAAAUUGUAUUUUAUUUUGUUUAAAUUUAUUUACGUAUGCAUUUUCCACAGCCCGUUUUUCAAAUUGCUUUCUUUUGCGUUUGGAAUUUGCAUACAUUAUCUGCUAUUAUUAAACCUGGACGAUUGCGAUGACAGGAAAAUCCAUUGCAAGGAAUCU